AGCGGCACCGGCGGCACCAUAGGGAAUUGUCACUCAAAAACAGCGCAGCUGACUCAUGAAAUGGCGUGUUCAUAAAUAUAUUUGUUAAUUUUAUCUGCGAAAUAAGUGAAAUCUCAUGCGCUGAUUGGAUCAUUUUCAUUUUGUCUUGCGAUAGCGUUGUGCGCAGGAAGCUUCGAAUAGCUGUGUUUCUAACACCAUGCUAAAUGCGUUUGUAUUCUCUACCACAUGGCGACAUGGCAUGACUCAGGCUGGGGGCGCGCAUUGAAGUUGACCCCUUCCUACCCGGACAAGCGAGGCACGAAGGAACCCAACCCAACGAGGUGACAAUGGCUGACAGCAAUGAAUGCAAGAAGGAUCCGGUCUACAGGCCAGGGGAGGCUGCUAUCAAAGCAGAAUUUCUGUUACCUAUAAAUAAAGAUGGUGCAGGGGAGCCACAGAAUGAAGAAAGCAAGAGCGACCUCUCUGAGGAUGUAACAGCCAAAAGAAUCAAACUGUCUGAUGAUGGAGCACCAGAAACCAGCAGUGCAGACAAUGCACAACCUGUGGAUGAUGGGCAAGAAAAGGAAGCAGGGCAACAGAAAGAAAAACAGCGAGGCCGUAACAAGCAGCGUCCGGGCCGAGCUCGUCAGCCGCCCUCUGAGAAGUUGUGUCCGGUGCUGAAGGACGUGCUGGCCUCUGAGCCGGAGCCGCGCUGCACCUUCCCCGGCCAGUGCCACUUCCUGCACGACCCGGCCGCCUACCUGGCCAAGAAGCCGGCUGACCUCGGGCCGCGCUGCUAUAUGUACGAGGAGCACGGCCGCUGUCCGUCCGGGCUGACCUGCAGAUUCGGCGCGUCGCACACCACGCCGGAGCACCGGAGCAGCGAGGGGGAUCCGGAGAAGUGGGCUGCCUACCAGGCGCUGCGCCCCACGCGCAACGCACUCACCAAGGAUGUACAGCGCCAGCUGUGGAAGCGCCGCUACGACUUCUCGGUGUCUAACGCGGCGGUGCAGCGGUUCGACCGGCGGCCGUCGUCGGCACAGAGGGGCGGGCAGAGACAGAGGCCGGGCCGGCGGCCGGCCGAGGGGACCGGAGAGGCGCCGCCAGCUCAGAACGGCGUGGGACCAGAUGCCCCCAUGACGACCCCUGAAACUGCUCCUGCCGCCGCAGCCGGCUCUGAGACAACCACUACUGCUGCUACCGACCCAGCUGUCCCCACGGACGCCUCUGUAGCUACCCCUGGAGCCACCGCGGCUCCCGCUCCGGCGCAGGACGCCGUCUCUGCCGAAGGCCCCGCCGUGGCGGAUGCGAACACGUCUCCUGCUCCCGGUGCGGUGUCGGCUGCAGUGGGGAACACUACUGGACCGGUCGACGGGCGUGGGGACAGCGCUCAGUCGACGGUCUGCUCGGAGAAGCCGAUUGGAUCCCACUCGGACACUGACUUCGUGAAGCCCCGACCGGCCGAGAAAAAGAAGGUGGACUGGCAGGACCAGCUGUACCUUGCGCCGCUCACCACGGUCGGUAACCUGCCGUUCCGCCGACUGUGCCGACGACUGGGUGCCGACAUCACGUGCGGAGAGAUGGCCAUGGCUACCAACCUGCUACAGGGCGCCCAGGCCGAGUGGGCGCUCGUGCGACGGCACCAUUCCGAGAAGGUGUUCGGCGCCCAGAUAUGCGGCAACAACCCGGGCGUGUUAACCCGAUGUGCCCAGCUGCUGAACGAAACCUGUGAGCUGGACUUCAUCGACAUCAACCUCGGCUGCCCGAUCGACCUGGUCUACCAGCAGGGCGGCGGUAGCGCCAUGAUGCGUAAACGCUCCAUGCUGGAAAACACCUGCCGAAGCAUCUCGUCCGUCAUCGAUAUCCCGCUGACGCUGAAGAUGCGGACGGGUGUGUUCCGCGGCGCCAACAUCGCGCACGACCUCAUCACCUCUGCCGCCGACUGGGGCGUAGACAUGGUGACGCUGCACGGCCGGUCUCGGGAGCAGCGCUACACGAAACUGGCCGACUGGCAGUACGUAGCCGAGUGUUCGCGAGCCGCCCACCCCCUCCCUCUGUACGGCAACGGAGACGUCCUCUCCUGGGAGGAGUACGAGGCCAAGAAGGCCGCCUCGGGCGUGGCUGGCAUCAUGGUGGCUCGUGGGGCGCUCAUCAAGCCGUGGCUCUUCACCGAGAUCAAGGAGCGGCGCACCUGGGACAUCAGGUCUUCGGAGCGGUUAGAUCUGCUCAAGGAAUACACCAACUACGGGCUGGAGCACUGGGGCAGCGACACGGAGGGCGUGGAGAAGACGCGUCGCUUCCUGCUGGAGUGGCUAUCGUUCCUGUACCGGUACAUCCCGGCGGGCCUGCUGGAGCGACCCCCGCAGCGCAUCAACGAGCGACCGCCGGCCUUCCGCGGCCGGGACGACCUGGAGACGCUGAUGGCGAGCGGCAACUGCCGCGACUGGGUCACCAUCAGCGAGAUGCUGCUGGGUAAGGUACCCGAUUCGUUCGAGUUCCUCCCCAAGCACAAGGCCAACUCUUACGGCUAGUAGUCUCUCAGUCAGCUCAGUCUAUAGCUACUCGUCGUCACACUCCAAGAGAACAAUGUGAUCAGGCCGGCGCCGCCAGUUUUGACCCAGCUGACCUCUUGUGUCGUGGAGUGUGAUCAAAGCAUCACUGAGGUCAAUCAGCUUAGCCUCAGGGAGUGCGAUUUUUUGAACGUAUAUCAAAGAUGGACUCCUAUCCAGCCAACUGGUAUGGUGCCGAAUCUCGGGAACGAAACUGUGGUUUGAAAUUGAAACGAAAUGUGAUUGCGUGAAAUUGUUUGAUGAAUGUUCGUGUGUUUUGAUGCUGCGUGUUGUACUGUUUGAACGCUACACGACUUUGUUUUGUUGACUCGUGGCUCGGCUUUGCGUUGUUGACGGUCAGUUGUUUCCAGUGGUAAUUGGGCACAUUGAUAGCUUGGUUUUAUGAGGCGAUUUUACGGUCCGCUUCUGUUUGCUCAACGUCUUAAGCACUUUUUCUACUGGUUGCGUAAUAAGAAUAUCACUAAAAUAUCUUCAAAAGGCACAGCUGGUAACUAACAGCUGAGCCUGCUGUCGGUUGAUUCAGGGGUUUGUUUAUGUCUUGUCCUUUUCUAUGAAUCAGGAAAGAAAUGUCUCCGUGAUUUUUUAUUUUGGCUUACGUUGUUCGAUACUUAUCUCCUUCGUGUGGAACGGACCUCGGUAAUUCAACGAUGAUUUUUCUCUGUUUUUUGUUAAAUGAAAUACACAAGGUCACGAAA